CCAAGAUGGGCACGAACGUUGUGACGCUUCUUUUUCUGGCUACGUUUGUCACCGUGUGCUAUGGAUGGUCGGGGAAUGUGUGUUAUCGGAGAGUACUUUAUUUUGUCACAGUACGAGUAUGUAAAUACAACAUAGGGGAGGGUUGUGCUGGUUGGACCUAUAGAAGAGUAAAACGAUAUAGAUACGUCCCGUACUGCUGUAAUGGUUGGAAUGGGACACCAGGAAAUUCAACAAACUGCGUUGUAGCCAUCUGUCGUCAAGGCUGCAGAAACGGAGGAGUCUGCGAUAGGCCUGGUCACUGUAAAUGUCUUGCGGGUCGUGACGGAUACAGAUGUGAUGGACUGACUUGUUCACAUCUGACUGCGUGUUACCCUGGCAUGUGUGAACGAAACCCGGGCGGAAUCUCCACCACCUGUACCUGUGAGGGUGGAUUUGGGGGAGGCAGGUGUACCAACAUGAAGCCUGAAUUAGCUCCUGCUAUCAACGCUAUCAGGGCGAGGAUGUCAUUCUGGAUGAGAGGCAUAGCUAAUCCGUUGGAGAAAUAUGCCCUCUUCGUGGACUCGACCAAUCAAACAGAGACUGAUUUCAUCUGGACAAAUCAGGCUAAGUUCAACUUGAUCAACGUGACAGCUGUCAGUCAGUACGUGGGUGAAGAUCCACCUCCUAAACCAGUUUGGAUAAGACAAGCACAGUUCGGCAUCGUUGAAGCAGAAGUCAACAUUUUACUGUUUAAAGAGUCCUUCCUAGACCAAAGCAAGGCAUUUGUCAUCAUGAAUGAAACUUUGAAGUGUAACCGGACCUUUACAUCUUUGAAUAUUGGUCCACGAUCACCUGCCCCGGAUUUAGUAAACUGCAAUAUCAGUCUUCCAAACUUUGACAGGCAGCUGGGAAAUGGAGACAAACUGACUGUGACCUACAGAACUAAGAGUGGUGGAUAUCGUGAUGUGGUGUAUGCUGAUCGUCCUAAUGUACUAUACACCACAAACACUUUUGGAGAAUCCCCAUGGACUGAGAAGGCAGUUGAGUUUCGCGUUGAUAUGGCCAAGCCACAACACUGUAAACUACAAAAUCCGUCCUGUGAAAACAACAUAUUUAGCGUGGAUAAUGACAUCCAUGUUUCAAAAACUCCAAUUGUUUUGAAUUGGAAUGGCUGGACUGACUCUUUGUCUGGAAUGUUCCGUUACACAUGGGAAGUUUUCAGAUUGGUGCCGGACAUGAGCGGUAGACUGCAAGAGCAAUAUCCACUGAAACCUUUGAAGAUAGAGGAAGUGAUGCACGCAAAUCUUAGUAGCGUGACGCCGUCUUACCAACCGACAGAUGUUGGGAUGUAUUCGUUCAUCCUAGAAGCAUCAGAUUUGGCAAACAACUCUGUCUUUAUCAGACGCUUAUGUCUGUAUGACCCAUCAUCAGAAAUCACAUUCGAUUCUGAGGCGAUGAAAAUUGCUUCAGGUACAAGAUUCGGCAAAGAUGUCUGGACUUCUGAUAUAACCAGUCCACUGGUCGUUAGCUGGGAGAAUCAUUUCGUUAACAAGAUUCACGAAGACAACAAACUUCUUAACUCUGUGAAAGCGUAUCAACAACAACUGGAAGAUGGCUUGAAGAUAAUUACGAAUGAUGACAACGAUGGUACAAGGACAGUGAGAGCCAUCGAAAACAGUCGUGGCAUUGUAAAGUUCGAGAUUGCCCAUGCGAAGGACGGUGGUGGCGGACACAAUCAGCAACAGCCGACGACUGGAUGGACAACAUUAAGUCCUUCAUCUGUGAGUACAAGUGUCACUCCCAGCAAUCCAAGCAAAGGGGACACUGUCACUAUCUGGGUCCGAGCUACAGACAUCACAAGCAAAACAAAGACGGACGUCAUUCAUGUUCAUUUUGAUGAUACAGCACCAAACGCUUUGACCAAAGUGACCUUCGACAAAAAUGUUCCAGCCAUUUACCCAUUUGGCUCGAAGGUUACAGUGACCGUGUUUGACAUGGAUAGUGGCAUUCAUCAGAUCAACAUGACUGCUGUACAACUAAAAUCAAAUGAUAUUUUAAUGACUCAUUCAUUCAGUAUCCCCACUAUAUCUACAUCAGAAUGUCAGGAUUUUCAAGAAGACAACUGUUUCUGCUUGAAUGACAAAUCAGACAUGUGUCAGAAGAAAACCCAAGUUCUGGAUAUUAACAACUGCUGGCUGAUGGUUCCAAGAGAUGGACUCAAAUCUGAGACUGUGGAAUUGAGAUUUCAGAUUUUCAAUAACGCGCUUCUGUCUGUCGCUGGAGCAGUAAAUGUUUCUAAUUUAACUUCGCUGAAUGGCAUAGACGUUUUUCUGGGUCCUAUGCAUGUUCGUAAUGAAAAUCUUACCACGACUGGAGCUAGGAUCAGGUGGGACCACGCCCCCGCAUGUUACGAACGGACAGAAAUGUGGAUCAACUACAGGAACAAAGGUGGCAAGCUGAUCAAGAAGAAGUUGCACAAAGACGCUGUGUAUGAAGAUUUGACUGGUCUCAAACCCGGCACCACCUACACCAUACAACUGAUAUCUCAACACGGAAAUAUCAUGAGUGAACCAGUUGACUUUGUUCUCGUAACUAAAUCCGUUUCUAAAUCUGGUGGUCUGCGUGGCGGCGCGGUUGCUGGUGUUGUUAUUGCUCCACUGUUAACCUUCAUCGUAAUGGUCGAAAUAUUUUAAAGUGCCAGGUAACUAGGGUCAGCGCUUUUGAAUUCUUAUGAAGAUUGAACUUUAUUUUGUAUAUGUUUGUAAAUAGAUCAUAGUUGUUUACAUACAACAUGUAAUCAGAUUAUAUAUGCAAUCAGAUUAUUAUUUUUAUAUAAACAUGUGCGUUACGUGUAGGUAUAUCAUAUAUAUUGGCAGUGUUAGAGAAUUGGAAGUGUAAUAAUACUAAAGGAUGGUUCGGAUUUGAUUCAGAUGGGUCGUUUAAUAAUCAUGGAUAUUUCAGUCUGUCUACAAGACUUAACCCUGGUUUCAAGUUUUUAACUAAGAUAUCUAUUACUUGUCAUACAUAUAAAUAUGUAUUUUUUUACAACUAAAUAGGCCUUUCAACCAUUUUGUGGGCUCGUCAGUUCUACAUCAUACAUUGUAUAGUGUUUUCCAGUGGACCCACUUCUCAAUCAACGACUGGAAAAUAGCAUACAAUGUAUGACGUAGACCGACUUCUCAAUCCACCACUAGAAAACAGCAUACAAUGUAUGAUGUAGACCCACUUCUUAACCUACCACAAGAAAACAGCUUACAAUGUAUGAUGUAGACCAACUUCUCAAUCAACCACUAGAAAACAGCUCACAAUGUUUGACGUAGACCGACUUCUCAAUCAACCACUAGAAAACAGCAUACAAUGUAUGACGUAGACCCACUUCUCAUUCAACCACUAGAAAACAGCAUACAAUGUAUGACGUAGACCCACUUCUCAUUCAACCACUAGAAAACAGCAUACAAUGUAUGCUAUAGACCAACUUCUCAAUCUUCCACUGGAAAACAAUAUUUCUUACACAACAGUUGGUGAGAACACUUUGUUAUUUAUGAUAACACACUAAUAACACACAUACAAAUUAAAAACAUGCAAUUUGCUGUUUAUAAUUUGCCAUAGCCAUAUCAACCAAUGAACAAAGCAUGAUCGAAAUUAUUAGGAUCGAUUCCCGUCAGUGGGACCAUUGGCUUUUAGAGGGAAAAGAUGUUUAAAUUGAUUUUAAACCUGGUUUUCGAGGAUACGUAACAAAUAGAAUACUACAUUCGUGUCCGUACGAUAUAAUUUAUCUUAGAACUCCAUUAAAAACGUAUCCAACUCGUUUUCACGUGUUUGGUUCGUCUUAAAACAACUCGUUCGGUACGAUAAAUAGUAUCUAAUGGCCUCUCGGGUGGUAUUUUCUAUAUAUUGUAUAAUGCUAAUCCAGUUCCAAUCUGCCACUGAAAAAUAGUAUAUAUUGAAUAAUAUGUAUCAUUCUUCCACAUUGGAAAAUAGUGUAUCGUCGGUACUAUAGCCACAACCCUUAAUCUACCACUGGAAAACAGUACAUGUUUCAGUGUUCUCGCUGCUCCAUUUAAGCGGGGCGACCCGCCCCGCUAUUGCAUUUUGCCUCCUUCAUUUCACGUUCUGCGCCCUCUUUAUUUUUCUGCGCCCCUCUUUAUUUUCCAGCAACUGUCUCCGCUAUUUCCAAAUGCACACUUUUUUCCACGCAUUAAAAAAGCCCACCACGAUCAGUCUGCACACUGGACAUCAAA